UGUUUUCCGUUUCAAAUAAACAGCCUGUCAAACAAACUCCAACACUUUACCCCCUUCAAUAUCAACCCCUCGCAUACGUACAUACAUUUUCUACAUCUCUCUCUAUUUGCUCGACUCUUUCUCGAGAAAAUCCUCUCUUUCCAUCCCAGAUUCGUUCUGUUAUUGCAUGGCAGUUAGGUUUCUGGCUCGUGAGGUGUCGGACCUUUGCCUUGGAAAGCCGGCGCUGAGUUCGAUUCCGUUCUCCGCCACCGUCGCCGACGCAUUAUCGGCGCUCAAGAGGUCCGGCGAGAGCUACGUCAGCGUAUGGAACUGUGACCAUUCUUCGGCUGCUGCGAAGAAGACUGAUUGCCGAUGCGUCGGCAAGGUUUGCAUGGUUGAUGUGAUUUGCUUUCUAUGCAGAGUGACGAACCUGUUGAGUCCUUCUUUGGCGCUUCAAUCGCCGAUCUCUGAUCUCCUUCCCAAAGUGCCUGGUCUCGUCCGGCAUUUGGAAUCGCAUUCUAGCUUAUUGGAGGCAAUAGAUUACAUAAUUGAAGGCGCCCAAAACUUGGUUGUGCCAAUUGAGAGCAAUCUAAGCAUCACUUCAACGAAGAAGCACCUUAACAAACAACCUUCCUCCUUCGGCUGCUCCACCCUCCACAACGGUCGUGAAUUCUGUUGGCUAACUCAAGAAGACGUGGUCCGCUUCCUCCUCAACUCCAUUGGCGUCUUCUCUCCACUCCCAGCUCUCACAAUCGAAUCACUUAACGUCAUUGACACCGAUCCCAUGACCAUCUACUACGAUAAACCCGCCUCCUCUGUUGUGGACUUCAUUUCUCGCUCCUUCAUUGAACAAAAAUCAAUUGGUGUUGUUGAAGAAUGCCACAGAUUGAUAGGUGAAAUAUCGCCUUACACACUAGCUUGUUCCGACGAGACUGCUGCUGCAGCAAUCACAACCCUCUCUGCUGGUGAUUUAAUGGCGUACAUCAACUACGGUGGUCCUCCGGAGGACUUGGUUCAGUUGGUGAAGUCGAGGUUGGAGGAGAAGAAGUUAGGAUCGAUGUUGGAAUUAAUGGAGGAAAUUUCAGUGUCGUCGCUAUCUUCCUCCUCUAGUUGUUCUUCCGACGAAGAUUUUGGGUUCAGGAGUGGUGGGUCAGGUUGGUAUUCCCCAGCGAGGAGGUCAGAGCCAAUCGUGUGCCAUCCGUGCAGUUCUUUGGUGGCGGUGAUGAUUCAAGCGCUUGUUCAUCGCUCUAGUUACAUUUGGGUUGUUGAAGAGAACUAUAGUAUUGUCGGAAUUGUGACAUUUUCUGGGAUAUUGAAAGUUUUUCGAAGCGUUGCUGGGGUUCGACAAAAACCCGAAGGGGAGAACUCAUUCUAGCAAUAACAAAAGCAGAGUUACAGAGAAGAGAUUUAUGCCAAAUUUUAAGCUAAGAAUAAGAACUCAUUCUAGCAAUAACAAAAGCAGAGUUACAGAGAAGAGAAUUUAUUCAAUGUUUUUGGAGGAAAUCUGAGUAAUGCUCUAAAUUAAUAACUAUUGGUCUAAACUUUGAGACCUAUCACUUCUAUGUUGUUUUAAGGAGAGAAUAUGUGAGGUAUUGAUCAGCAAAUGAAAUAGAGUAUUGUUCCAAGAAUAAUUUCUCACAAUCCAGAUACAUAAAGUGAUGAAACAAUGUACAAUAUCAUGCUUCUCAAAUAUAUGUUGUACUCAGUAUAUUGUCCACCAGAAAGUGUUAACUUAGCAAUAUUUUGAUUUA